AUGACCUCUCACCAUCCAAGGACAACGUUAGGAGCUUAUGCUGCUGCCUAUGUUCAUCAUCAUCACCCUCAAACCUCAUCAGCAAAUAAUAAUUCUUCAAAUCCGAAAGCUAUUGAACUAAAUGACGGGAGGAUUUUACAAUUUAAUCAUCAUGAAACGGAAGAGGAAAUACAUCUCCGAUUGAAAGAGGAAAAGAGAAAAAUAGAAGAGGAACGACUUAGAAAAUUGAGGAUAGAAACAGCAAAGCGAAGGAAAAAACAAGAACAAAUGGAUGCUCAACUUAAAGAAAAAAAAGAUUUGGAGAUUGAAAAAGCUUUACAGGAAAGAAAGGAAAGAAUUAAAUCAGCAAUCAAGCUGAAAAACCUACCAAUUUCUAAAAUUACCACGACAACAAAUCAACAACGACCAUAUAGUGAGGAGGGAACAAAACUACCAGUCUUACAUAAAAACGAGAAAAGAGAAACAGCAAUACUUCCAGCAGACAUCACAAAAAAACAAAUACGGCAUUUAAAUGUGUUGGAAUCGUUGGAUUUGCAAGGUAUAACAUCAAGCACGGACAUGUUUUUACUGGCAGAGAAGAUGGCCAAUAGGGAAAGUAUUAGAGCUUCAGAAGCAUAUGGAGCUCUGAAAGGAAUAGAACGUCGUUCAUCAACAGACGAAUGUGAAUCAUCAAUCCUGUCACAACAAGAAAAUCUAAAUAUUUUAAAAGUUGUAUCACCCUCAAACAAAAUGAAGAGAGUAAGAAUUCAAGUAGUUGAGGAAAAGCAAGCAAAAAACGAAACUGAAAAGGAGAUCAAGCUGGGUCAUCUCCCAAAUAUUUCUCAAAAACGGGAAUCCCCUUCUCAACAAGAUGAAAUAGAGCGAAAGCAAGCCUCCAAUUCUCCACCAAAAGAAAAGACGGUAGUUAAGGACACUAAGAAGAAGAAAACUGCAACUUCGGUACCGUCAACAGGUGUUUCAAUAGAUAUUGAGAAGAUAGAAAAGGACAUUGUGUUAAUCGAUAAGGCUUUGCUUGAAAAAUAUCAAAAUUUACGACAAAUUGAUUCGUCAAUGCUGCAACGAACCGGUUCCAACAACUCGUCUUACUUGUCUUCAACAAGCUCCAACACAACGUCCAAAAAGCCAAAAGCUGCUCCAAAGCGAGCCAAGCCAAUUUUUGCGAAUCGUGUAAGAAAAUUUUGA